AUGACAACAAUUUACGAGGCCGUCGAAGCCUCCACGCUGCAGGAGAGGUGUCGAAUAGACCUGCUGGACUCCGCCGUGCAGCUGGCCCGCCACUGCGACACACUGCCAAAGAAGUGCGUGACGGCGGAGGCGCCGAACCUGCCGUCGUGCACGUUUGCCACAACCUUCUCGCGCUCGGCGAAGACGCGGCAGAGCCAAGACGAGUCAGCGGUGCAGAGGUACAUGUCUGAAAAGGAGGCGACACGCGAGCGCACGCUGCAGGCCCCUGACACCACGUACUUUAAAAAACACAGUCCGAAGUUUGAGGGGGCACUCCCCCGGUCGGAACCGUUUCGCGAGACACGCGAUCGCAAUGAGUUGGCGGGACGGGAAAAGGAUUUUGUGCAUCGCUAUGCAGAGGCAGCGGCGAAAUCAUCGCUUGAGCGGGAGGUUGAGGACAAUGUGCCGACGCGGUGCGCAACAGAGGCCUACACGAAGGCGUUUCGCGCGUACAAGGGACGGGACCCCACCAAGAAGGAGCUGGAGGAGGUCGAAAGACUGUGGUUCGCCGUGGAUGAGGACGGCACAGUGGGCGUCAUCCAAAAACCCCACUUUUACGGCCCACACUCGCAUGUGUCUAUUUGCAAUCGUCGCCCGGUAAGUUGCACGAAUCAGGUGUACAAGGCAGAGCUUCCGCCUGUGCGUGGGGCGCGGACUCGCUUUCCCGGCCCUAUUCCUGUAUGGUCCUCGACACAGAACACAUACACGUUGGUUGCCGGUGACACUUAUGUCCCGGGCCUACAUAACGUCAGCAAGUUCGGGACAGCUACAUCUUAG